AUGACGGCGGAUUCCCAGGAUGUCCACGGCCCAAAGCUGGCCGAGGUGUGUAUGAGGCAAGCCCUCAGAUUGGAGGAGAUGCAGGAGGAGUUAGAGAAGGCGCGAAAAAGAGAAAAAACUGCCUUGGAGGAGCUUGAAAAACUGUGCAAAGCACACCAGCAAGAAAAGGCAGCUUUUGUAGAUCGAGAAGAGCAGAUGGUCUCUUUACAGGCUGCUCUGCAGCGAGAGAAUGACCUCCUGCUUGAGGAGCUGGUCUCCGUGUUGGGCCGAACCAAGGCCCUGAAAGCAGAGAUGGCAUGGAUCCAGAGAAGUCUACCCUUUGAGAGCCCGCGCGAGAAGCAGCCAGCUGUACACUACCUUUCAAGAGGUAGCUCCCCUUCCGCCGUAAAAGCACAUGACAGCCGCUCGCCAAGCAAUUCCCAGGUUAUUUCACCAAUGAAGCCAAUGCUUUCACCUUUGCAGCAAGUGCCGAAUGUAAGCUGGUUGCGAGGUGCCGAAGCACCGUCCAAGUUGAUCCACCCCAUGCGACGAGCGAGCGAGGUGUUUGGCAUCACACCUGCAACAAGGUGACCCUUGCGGCAAGCAGAAGGUGUUUGGCAUCACACCUGCAACAAGGUGACCCUUGCGGCAAGCAGAAGGUGCGGUUGCUGCCAUUCUAGUGUGCUUGGAAGCUCUUUGAGAGAGAUUGACCUAGUGCACGGAUUGCGGCAACCGUGCAGGUGUUUGGCAUCACACCUGCAACGAGGUGACCCUUGCGGCAAGCAGAAGGUGUUUGGCAUCACACCUGCAAUGAGGUGACCCUGCAGCAAGCAGAAGGUGUUUGGCAUCACACCUGCAACCAGGUGACCCUUGCGGGACCCUUGCGGCAAGCAGAAGGUGUUUGGCAUCACACCUGCAACGAGGUGACCCUUGCGGCAAGCAGAAGGUGUUUGGCAUCACACCUGCAAUGAGGUGACCCUGCAGCAAGCAGAAGGU